AUGCCAUCCAGACUGAGGAAGACCCGGAACCUAAAGGGCCACAUGAGCCACGGCCACGGCUGUAUCAGCAAGCACUGGAAGCAUCUGGAAGGCCAGGGUAAUGCUGGUGGCAUGCAUCAUCAUGGCAUCAACUUCAACAAAUAUCAUCCAGGUUACUUUGGGGAAGUUGGUAUGAGGCAUUACCAAAAGAGGAACCAGAGUUUCUGCCCAGUUGUCAGCCCUGAUAAAUUGUGGACCUUGGUCAGUGAACAGACAUGGGUAAAUGCUGCUAAAAAUAAGACUGGAGUAGCUCCUAUCAUUGAUGUGGUGCAAUUGGGCUACUGCAAAGUUCCAGGGAAGGAAAAGCUCACAAAGCAGCCUGUCAUUGUGAAGGCCAAAUUCUUCAGCAGAAGAGCUGAGGAGAAGAUUAAGCGGUGUCAUGUCCCUCUUGACUAUACCUGCCAGGAAAACGCCUAUGGCCUCUUCAAGAACCAGAUAAUCAUGACCUCCUAUCCACCACGGCUUCACAUCGGCCACACCCAGCAGGAAGCCAGUUAG